AAGACCAAAUACACGUACGACAAUAACAACAACAACAAUAAAGAACAGAUUGCCCACAUUAAUGCCUGUAAUGGAUGGCUAUUAAGUGUACAUACUGUAUUACAUUGCGAUACAAUUCGUAAUUAUCGCGUGUGCACCGUUCAAUACUCGAGCGACGACAACAACGACAACGACGACAACAAAAACCAAGACCACGACUACAAUACAACAUCGAACCACCAAACAGUAUUCAACCGAAGUGAUUUUGGUGCGCUGUUCACUUAAUUUCUGCAUCUCGAUUCAAAGUGUUUUUUUUUCUUCUGCUUCUUCUUCUUUUGCGGUCAUUGUUGUUGUUUUCUUUUUUUGCAUGCGUUCCAAUUUAAGAGUAUGGCUAACAUUCUAACAAAUAUCCAUUGUUAUGCAAAUCAUACGCACUUCGUGCUGUUACUGUAAGAAAGCAGCCCGUGACAGAUAUUCUUGAACUGCAUACAAAAUACCGAAAUUACCUCAUAGUUGUUGCUAUCGUUAUAUUGUGUUAUUUUUCUGCAUUUGAUUACCAAGCAUUCAAAGACAAAAGCAAAAAAAAAAAAUACGUUUUUCUUUAUUUUUGAUCGGUGCCGUUGAUUUUGCUUGAUUCGUCAUUUGUAAUCUUUUCUACAUACAGCACACCGUGAAUUCAGUUUAUCGUUUGUUGUUGUUGUUGCUGCUGCUAGAUAUCGUGAUUUAUCAUCGAAUCGACACUUUCGUUAACAUUUUAACAGAUAAAUGACAUCAUGAAAAAAAUGUGUUUACGUAGCAAAACAUACAAACGAAUCUGUAUAAAUUUCCCAUACUUCAGAAUUCUGAACACGAUUCGCGGAUCAAGCCGGUCGAGUAAAACAUUCAAGCCGAAGAAAAACAUACCGGAAGGAACACAUCAAUAUGAUUUAAUGAAGCAUGCAGCAGCCACUUUGGGUUCUGGUAAUCUUCGUAAUGCGGUUGCCCUUCCCGAUGGAGAAGAUCUUAAUGAAUGGGUUGCCGUAAACACCGUUGAUUUUUUCAAUCAAAUAAACAUGCUGUAUGGCACAAUAACGGAGUUUUGUACAGAGGAUAGUUGUAGCAUUAUGUCAGCCGGUCCAAAAUACGAAUAUCAUUGGGCAGAUGGUCAAACAGUGAAGAAACCAAUCAAAUGUAGCGCACCAAAAUACAUUGACUAUUUAAUGACAUGGGUUCAAGAUCAGCUAGACGAUGAAACAUUGUUUCCAUCGAAAAUAGGUGUACCAUUUCCGAAGAAUUUUUUAUCAUGUGCAAAAACGAUUCUAAAGCGAUUGUUUCGUGUGUAUGCUCACAUUUAUCAUCAACAUUUUUCGGAGGUGGUGCGAUUGGGUGAAGAAGCGCAUCUCAAUACAUCGUUUAAGCAUUUUAUAUUUUUCGUACAAGAGUUUAGUUUAAUCGAUCGAAGAGAAUUGGCACCGUUACAAGAGCUAAUUGAUAAGUUAACGGCCAAAGAUGGUCGACAAAUUUAACACACUCAUAUUAUUUAAACUUCCAAAAUUUAAUUCACUGUCUCUCUUUCUGUGGUCGUUUUAUACAUACACACUCUUCAUUGGCUCUUGUCAUUUUGCUCGUUUACGAUGCAUUCGAUUUAACAAAAAAAAAUACUUUCGUGCAGUCUUUUUACCUAUUUUAUUUUAAUUAUUAUUUCACAUUUGAUGAUGAAAAAAAUUGUUCAGCAGCAUUACCGUAUCUGUUAUUAAUUAAUUCCUUUUUUAAGAGUAGAAAUACCGAAAAAAUGAAAUCUCAGUUGAACAAUUUUUUCCAUUCUUUUUUAAUUUUAAUUUUACUGCGCGUUUAAUUUAAAGAGUUAAAACAAUGUGAAUCGAUGUCAAUAUUUUUCAUGGAUAGAUAGCACUUGAGCAUCGUGUGUUGAACUAUAAAUGCAAAUAACAAAUUAGAAUUAAAUAUUAGAUUUACAUCUGUGCUCAUACCGCCAUAAUUUUGAUGAAUUAAUUUUUUUCAUUUCGUCUUUUUUUAAAUCAAAUUCUAUUGAUUUUGUGAUAAUUACGCGCAGAAUAGAAAUCAUGUCAAAGUUAAAUAAAAUUUCAAGACCAGCUUGCAUCCCUCCAUUUUUAAUCAAUCUGCAUUUAAAUUUUGACCGUCGAUUCACAUACGCACGCAUCUAUUUAAUUAUUUUAAAAUUUAAUUUGUGCAUAGAAGUUGGCAGCCUAUUUAAUUUUCCGUUGAUUUUAUUGAAUCAAAAUCAAUUUUUUUUUACUUCAGUCAGAAUGAAAAAAGAUUUUCACGUUAUUUUUUUUUUUCGAUUUGAAGGGUUUAAAAAACGAAUUACCAAAACUAUAUUGAUUUCAUAGAAGAAAGGCAAACGUGUAAACUUGUAGAGUGAAAAAAAAUAUUUUUUUAUGUAUAUAACCAUACACGAUCACUUUUAUACCGAUAUCUCAAUAUACACUUACACACAAAAUGAAAUGAUGAAUAGUUUAAGAAUUAUUUUUUUGUUGUUCGAUGCAAUUUAUUCGGUGAACUAAUUGUGUAUAAAUGUUUCCCGCGAAAGAAAAAAAAAACAGAAAUUUUUUGAUAGAAAACGAUCGAGCUCAUUUGAAUUUGAAACGGACGUAAACCAAUUAGUGAUUCGAGAAAUAAAAUCGAAACAGAAAUUAAUAUUAUUAUAUUUUUUUUAAUUAUACAUGAAAAUCAUUUACUCUAUGCAAAAUGAAAUUACUCUCACGCAAUCGCACACAUAUACAUUGACACAUGCUUUGAAGAAAGCAAUUAAUUAAACAACAUUUAUUUCAAAAAAAAAGAAAAAGAUAUGAAUCUUAUGGAAACAGAAAAAAAUUCGAUGCAAAAAACGUUCGUCUAUAGAAUUAUUUACUAUUAAAAAAAAGAAACCCGAUUGUAAGUUUAAAUUAUUAAAAUUGUAAAUUUUUUUAGAUAGCUGCUACAAAUCGAUUGAAAUAAACUCAAUCUCAAAAUGUUCUUAUUUUAUUUUGUACAUUAUAAUAUUUUUUGCUCAUUUCAUUCUGAUUUCCAUUCCAAUGAGGAUAAAAUUGGCUUAUCUUGCGCGCUAACUUUGUACUCUUUUUUUCUCUUUUGUUUUGUAUGCUUAUCAAAGCCGUGUAUAAAAAGUAAUAAAAUGAAAUCAAUGUGUGUUUUUUGCAUGAAAUGAAAACCAAUUGGUGCUAUUCAACUUAUCUAUUCUCAUCGAUUUUCUGAUUCGAUAGGUCUUGAAAUUGUUAUAGUAAAUUCUAUUUACAGACUUUACUUCAGACAGUUGAAUGGCUGUAGAAAUUGUAAAGAAAAUUAAUUUUGAAAUGCACGCGAAUCUCCGAUCCGAAAUGAGUCGAUUUUAAUUAUUAUUAUUAUUAUUUUUUCCAAUGAUCAAUUUAACAAAAAAAAAACAAUUUGGUUGAGAUUGAUCAGCUUUUAAAAGCACAUUAGCUUUAGUUAUACGAAAAUGAAAAGAGGAACGAACACAUAACAAAUGAUCGAAAUGAAAUUGUCUCCCAACUGGUAACUAAUAUUGAACAAUUUCUCUGCCAUCGUGUAUUUGCAUCAAAUUUAACGAAAAAAAAACUUUUUACGAAUUUAGAAGAAGACAACAUACACAGUACACACAAACAUAGUAUCAAUCAUCGUUUGGACUAACAAUGACUGAUGCAAUUGUAAAUGUAGAUUAAUUACCUAAACUCAUAGAAAUCACUCUCGAAAUGCACUAUUUUUCCAAUAUGUUCUAUAUUCUAAGGAAACGAAAUUUUAGAAAUAAAUAAAACAAAUUAAUUGUUUAAAAUUGUAUAAAUUAAA